AUGCGUGGUAAGAUAGUGAAGUGGAUAGUUUUUGUGGUGCUUUUCGCGUAUGCAGCAGAGCUUUGCUUCUAUCGUGCCGAUGUCAGCAUACAUGUUGAUGGCGAAACCGACGAAGCAUUCAACGGUGUACGAGAAGCAUUUAGUGCCAACUUUCUGCACGAAUGGGAACGCAGCGGCGCUUCAUUCGUUGUAUACUACAACGGGCGAAAAGUUGUUGAUAUAUGGGGUGGAUAUGCUGACCGAGAUAGCGAACGGUUGUGGAAUAAAGAUACACUCAACGUCGCGUUCUCAUCCACGAAGGCAGUUGCUGCGCUUUGCGUUGCUCAUCUUGUUGAUCAAGGACACCUAAAAUACGAUGACUCAGUGGCUACUUGGCCACAGAUUUUGAGAUUUUCGGCUGGUCUUGCAUACACUGACAUGAAGAUCAACUACUCAAUGGCCAAUAACUGGAAAGCAAUCGCGACGGUUUUUGAAGAGCAGAUCCCUAACUGGCCUCCGGGUACUGAAACCGGAUACCAUGCUAUUACAUAUGGAUGGCUUGUUGAUCAAAUCAUCCGGAGAACAGAUCCUAAGCACCGUUCUAUUGGUGCUUACUUCCGAGAAGAGUUUGCUGAAAAGUAUGAUCUGGACUUUCAUAUUGGACUACCGCGAUGCGAAUCCUAUCGCGUCUCUCGAUUGACAGCGCCUUCGUUGUGGAAUUUCAUACAGGAAUACCUCCAUAAUCCGUCUGAUUUUAAUGUAGCCCGAUUCAUCCACCAAGUGUUGACCAAUGGUCUUUUAUCUAGGGUUGGACAAAAUGUGCCUUGGAUCGCUUUCGUAAAGGGUAUGACGUUGAACAAUCCUGAUCUCUACGAAGUUGAGCAGGCUGCCGUUCUUGGCAUCGGGACCUCUCGCGCAAUGGCAGAACUUUUCGAAAGAUUCCGUGUCGGAGAACUCAUGAGCCCUGCAACGUUCAAGGAACUAACAAGCAACUAUGUUUUACAACGAGAUAUAGUCACGGGUGCAUAUGUUUCACGAGGACAAGGUCUAAUGGUGAAGCGAUUCCAACACAAAAAUAUGACGUUCGACCUCCUAGGACAUUCUGGUUAUGGAGGACAGAAUGUUAGGGUGGAUUUGAAGAACAAUCUGACGUUCGCCUAUAUGAGUAGUGGCUUGAAGGUCGGCUUUGGUGAUACUGCUCGGACCUACAUACGAUUGCUCCAUUCCCUAUACGAUGUAAUAGCUACCAUCUAA